UUAAUCACUCAUGUGGUGGAGAGCCGUUGGCAAGCUGAACUUCACGAGCGCUAAGAAUAUUUGAUAAGGAAAUAGAAGAAAACAGAAGAAGGCAACAUAGAAACUGCUUUGGAAAAAAGAAGCGAAACAAGAAGAGAGAAGAGGACACUGGUCAAUUAUCCAAAACAAAAACUUCUGACAAGAAGCCUGUUUGUUCUCAACAGUGAAGAUCAAAGCUCCAGACUUUUAUCACUCUGCCGACCAGCCUGGAGGAUGUCCUGCCAUCCGUGUCAUCCUUCCCGCUGAUGCUGGCGAUCACCAUGAUUUCCCAGUAUCCCUUAGCAACCUUCCUGUAUUCACCUGCCCAGCACCACCACUGCUUCAACCUGGAAUUCACCUUACUGCUGGAGGGAGAGGGAGGCGUCACCUUGCAGAGGUACCAGCCUCGCUCCCCAGAGAGCAGCACACACCACUGGAGCUCGGUGCAGGACUGGGGGGAGGAAGUUGAGGAAGGAGCCAUCUAUAACGUGACACUGAAGAGGGUUCAGAUCCAGCAGGCGGCCAACAAGGGAGCGAGAUGGCUGGGGGCAGAGGGCGAUCGACUGCCUCCUGGCCACACUGUGAGCCAGCUGGAAACGUGCAAAAUCCGAAGCAUUCGUGCUGGAACUCUGGAGCGCCUGGUGGAGACGUUAUUGACGGCGUUCGGAGACAACGACCUCACCUACACCUCCAUCUUUCUCUCCACCUACAGAGCUUUCGCCAGUACGCAGACUGUUCUGCAGCUGCUGCUAGACAGUUGUGGGAGUGUGGAGGAAAAUGGGCACGAUGGCUCUGAAAGCAGCGAAGCCAUCAGAAAUGCCUUGGCUUCUAUUCUGUGUGCCUGGUUGGAUCAAUGUCCUGAAGACUUCCAGGAGGCUCCAGACUACCCCAGCCUCCACAGGCUGAUGGACUACCUACGCAAAGCUCUUCCUGGUUCAGAGGCUCUCAGACGGGCAGAGAGUCUGCUGGAGCAGCUGCAGGGUCAGGCCAGCAUGGACGAGAGCGAUGCUGGUUUCCACGGCAACGGCUCUUUCUGCCUUGGGGAAGAAGAAGAGGUAGAGAUCGAGGUCCAGGAUGACUUCCUGUCAUUUGAGGCCGACCUGGUGGCCGAGCAGCUGACCUACAUGGAUGCGCUGCUGUUUAAAAAGGUUGUACCUCACCACUGCCUGGGCUCCAUCUGGUCUCAGAGGGACAAGAAAGACAACAAGCACACCGCUCCCACCAUCCGGGCCACCAUCACUCAGUUCAACGCCGUGGCGGCCUGCGUGGUCAGCACGGUGCUGAAGCACAGGCAGCUCAGACCGCAUGUCAGGGCACGGGUCAUCCAGCGCUGGAUCGACAUCGCUCAGGAGUGUCGAAUACGCAAAAACUUCUCAUCUCUGCGAGCCAUCGUGUCAGCGCUGCAGUCCAAUCCUCUCUACAGGCUGAAGAGAGUGUGGGCAUGCGUGCACAAAGACAGCAUGCAGACGUUCGAGGAGCUCUCAGACAUUUUCUCCGACCACAACAACUACCUUACCAGCAGAGAGCUGCUCAUGAGGGAAGGUACUUCAAAGUUUGCCAGCCUGGAGAGCUGUGCCAAGGAGCACCAGAAACGCACCCACAAGAGACUCCAGCUGCAGAAGGAAAUGGGAGCGAUGCAGGGAACAAUACCAUACUUGGGGACUUUUCUAACCGAUCUGACCAUGAUGGACACAGCCCUGCCAGACCUAGUGGAGGGUGGCCUGAUCAACUUUGAGAAGAGACGCAGGGAGUUUGAGGUCAUAGCUCAGAUUAAGCUGCUCCAGUCAGCCUGUAACAGCUACUGCCUGACUCCAGACACGGCUUUCCUCCGCUGGUUUAAGAGCCAGCUUCAACUCAGCGAGGAGGAGAGCUAUGCCAUGUCUUGUGAGAUUGAAGGCCUCGGCGACAGCAGCCCGACUUUACUCAAAACUCGUAAGAGCAUGGUGAAGAGACUCAGCCUGCUGUUUCUUGGAACAGACAGUAACACAGCCAGCUCCCCAGUCAGAGAGACGCCUCGCUCGCCCCCUACUGGCAGCUCCGGGGAGAGCAUGGACUCUGUCAGCGUCUCCUCCAGUGACUCCAGCAGCCCGUCGGACAGCGAGGGACACACAACACCAACACACACAUCUGACUCACAACUCUCCCAUCAAAACAAGUUAUAUGAGUCAUCAUCCUGCACCUCGCUCCACUCCAUGGACACCAACUCCUCGACCACCAGCGUCUCCAUGACUCCUGCCUCCCCCUGUCUCCCUUUGCACCCUUGCACCCACAGACGCUGCAUCUCCCUCACACCCAUCUCCCCCAGCUCACAGAGUCAAAGCCCGGCUUACAACACCCAAGCUCAGGAUGCAUGCAUCAUAAGAGUCAGCCUCGAGCAUGGAAAUGGCAACCUCUACAAGAGCAUACUGCUGACCAGUCAAGACAAGACCCCAGCCGUCAUAUCUAGAGCCAUGGCCAAGCACAACCUGGAGGCGGAGCCAGAGGAAGGGUAUGAGCUGGUACAAGUCAUCUCGGAGGAGAAAGAGCUGGUGAUUCCCGACAACGCCAACGUCUUUUACGCCAUGAACACCUCGGCCAACUUUGACUUCCUGCUGCAUGCGCGGGGCUCGGCGGGUCGGCCGGUACAGCUGCGCAGCCGAUGCAGCACCACUCUCCCUCGGACUCAGUACCGCUCCAGCCUCUCGCUCAGACUCAGCAAAGUCACGCUGUGACCCGUCACCGCCAGCCCAGCGCCGCGACGGUGGACAGAUUAAUGGAAGAGAAGAAAAACAGAACAAAGAGUUUCUGCAUUCCAACUAACCCUCCAACUUGUUUGGGUGACAGCAUGAACUGUGCCUAUGCCUGCCCAGCCUUAACGUGGAACAGUGCAACAGUGACCCAAAGUGACCCAAAGUGACCUCUGCUCUUCACCCCUUCGUAGAGUUUUUUUGCACAUGUGGAAGCAGCCGAACUCUUGACCUCCUCCAGAUUAAGAAAUAGAAAUGUUUUCCUGUGAUGUGCAUCUAAAGCUUUACUUCUGUCCAAACAGAAACAUGUUGAAUAAUAAGAAAAAGAAGAUUUCUGAUGAAAUAGAUGAGUGGACUGAGUGUUCAGUUCGGUUUGAGUGUGUUAAUGAAUGGAUGAACCUUUAACAGUAUUCUGAAUGAUAACUGACCGAACAAAGACUUGACGUCAGUAAUUUCUCCAGUCGGGCAUCCUGACUGGCUUGUGCACAGUGUGCACUGUGUGUGUGGGUGGCUGCGGGUGUGUGUGUGUGCGUGCGUGUGCGUGUGUGUCCUACUCAUAUUGUGAGCUGUGUGAUGAAUGAAGAGCAUUCAGAUUGGCUCCAGUAGUUGGUUUUAUCAGGUCCAAGCAAACUGACAUGGCCUUACCUGUCCUGUCUUCAGGGUGUUCUCAUUCGAUCUGAGCUGCUUUGAAAUGCAGAACACCCCCACCCAUUAUCAGUGUUGGGAAAGAAAAGCACACACACACAUACAAGAACAGGACAGUUAGGCUUCCUGCUGAAGCAAAAAAGCAUCAUGCAAAGCACCUUUUGCAUGUUUGUCCCUGCUUGCCUUCCUUAGAGUUGCACUGGCCGGUUGGUUGAAGAUGCCAGUAGGAUGCGAGUAUGGAAGAGCCACUAAGCCACGUGGUUUUAUUCCCUCUUUAUUAAACAUUUUACUAUUUCAUCUGUGAAUUUUCAUGUGUUUUUCUUAAUAGGCCAGAAAUAUAUUCCUACAUUUGUGACUGACCCAAGUGUUUUUCAUCUAACUGAACAGUAAUGAACUCAGAUUUUUAUCAGAAGGUGCCAGAGUUUCCUGUGAUCUCUAUUAUGAUGUCAGAACCCAUUACAGACACACACACACAACUCUGUUUAUUUUCUCAAAGCGACAUAAGUGUGUCGUGAUUCCCUGACCUGUUAUUUCUCCCCAGUUACCAUGACGACGCUCCAGUGAAAACUAUUUGGACUCGUAAUAAAUCCCAGUUUUUUCUCCCUUAUUAUUUUCAUUAUUUUUAAAAAUUGUCCUUUCCUGUUCUACACUGCCAAAGACUGUCCUGAAAUAAAUAAAUUAUUGCCAUUCUAAA